AUGGCUCAUCCUCCGCCCCUUCCGACAGCACCUCAACAGCCUGCUCACCCUUUUGAUUUCCAUAACAUGCCAGUUCAGGAAGCGUACAGACAUUUGAACGCCUACCAACGUAGCAUGACGCCCGAGCAGCUCAUGGCCGCCAAAAUGGAGAUUAUGCGGCCGUACCGUAAGAGGAAUAUGAUAGUGGGAGGAAUUCUUUUGGGAGGAACGCUGGCUAUAUUUGGUUAUUCAAUGUACAAGACGGGCCGUGACGAUUUUGAUAACAUUCCAAUGCCUCCACCAUCCUCUGCCGACAAGUCCGCAUGA